CCACCACAAUCAACCAGAUUCUUAUUCUUAAUAAUAGCGGCAAUAAGCUGUUAUUUUCUUUUUAUGGAUUAUAUACUCUACAACCGUAUGCAGAAUUAUUCGAUUAAGCCAGUGAAAAACGAGAAAAAUUACAUAAGCAAAGUUCCUUGUGACGUUGAUCCAUUUUGUGUUGUUACGAUAAAGGCAUUAAUGUUAGACUAUCCGAAUUUGUAUAUUUUGAGUCCUUUAGCGUCGGUGAUUGAUCAUAUUUUGGGUAUAAGCAGCACUUGGUCAUGGAUAACUCCAAAUAUGAUAAGCGCAUUUCACGUGCUGAUAGCAUUAUUGGCUGGGCAUUGUGUUGCUAGUAAUUCCUUGUCAGAUCGACGACUCGGUGUGAUUUUGUUUGAGUUUCGCACUUGGUUGGAUGAUUUGGAUGGACACGUAGCCAGGAGAAGGAAGCAUAUAAUUGGAGAGCAUUCGGAUGUUGGCUCAGCCGGUUAUUGGAUCGAUGGUCUAUGCGACGCUUUGGGCUGCGUAGCUCUUAUGACUGGAAUUUUUUUUUUCCUCAAAAGAAAUCCGCCACGCAGAGGCUAUGAAAAGCUGCGAAGAAUCUAUCCUUGUAUAGAGAGUCAAGAUGCUAAUACCGAAAUUAUUUAUAAGAGGCUUCGCUUUCGGGCUUUGAUAAGGAACAUUCUGUUGCUAACUGGACAUCUUAUGAUCACGUCAAUCGGAUGGAAUAGGUAUAUCGCAUUAUAUCAGGAUCUGUUGGAGACUAAUGACAAUUCCUUGGCUAUUACAAUGAGCGAGCUUUAUGCGAGACAAAGUGAAAUUAUGAGAUCUGGAUUCUUUUGGAUAGUCACCGUUACCUGGAGACUAAUCAACUUUCACACUGCGCUAGAUUAUUUACUGAUGGCUAUAUUUUUCGAUCGAUUGUGGGAUUACAUGAAAAUAUUAAGAUGGUUUGGCUACAUUAUACCUCUUAUAGUCGUUUAUUUAACAGAGUUUCAUUUCCUUGAGUCUUACGCAUAUAUAUUAAGGGGCUCAUCUGGAUUUGCUAAAUGGCCGUCAACGUCGAUACAAAACGGCACCACAUUAUUUAACAUAUAAAAGUAUCACGAUGGCAAAAGAAAAUUUUAUUACUACUUGUUAUGUAUGAUAUGACAAC